AUGAGUCAAAGUGAUCAAAAUGUCGAUAGCGUGUAUGUGCCCAACGACGAUGGAUUUUAUAGUGAUGUCCCAAUUUCGGGUUCAUUAUCUAAGUCACUGUUAGCAUUGAACAAAUAUGUCAAAAAGAAUUUACUCUAUGACGAAAGCGAAGAUCAGGUUGAUGAAAUACCGCAUAAUGACGGAGCAUACUUUUCCAAAGAAAGUAGCCCAAACGAUUCCGUAGUGAAGAGUGACACAGACAGUGUUAAUAGUAGCGAAUUGUGCACGCAGAGUAGCGGUUCGGCUUUAAUUGCAAACGUAAUUGCCGAGCCAGAAACUGAUAGAGACGAUCCCACGAAACAAACAGAUGACUACAAAUUUAGACAACUUCUCGAGAACCCCGGAACUGCUAGUCGACGGGACUCAAUCCGCUCCAAUGAAUCACAAAUAAGAGAUACUUUAUCAAAUGAUUUAUUAAACUAUUCCACUGGAAACGAACCGUCUAUAGGACUAGAAUCUAAUAGCGAAAUUAAUAAUAACACUGUUGUAUUACGAAGAAAAUCCAAUAGAAACGACGCGGCUACAAAUCAACAAAGAAAUUCAGUAAAUGAUGUUAAUUGGGUCAGUAGGAUGAAUAAUUAUCCAGACGUGUAUGCACCGCUACCAUUUAAAUCUCCAAACCGUCGCUAUGUCGAGAGCGACGUGAACAUCCACUACCGUUGUCCAGUGCGACACGAUCCAUUACCGUUAGUGCCUGAACGAGAGUUGGCCCGUCAACAAGCUGAGCAUAUGAAAAGGUUAUAUAGAGAACAGAAACGGAACAAAUACCUACAAGAAAAUGACUAUCGCGCCGUCGACAUAGAAGCAUUUGAUGCGUCCAUAAAGGAGCUUCAAGAUAUGCAAAGUAGGCGACAUCAAGAUAAUUUCAUGCCAUCGCAGAAGACGGUUGUUCCUCUAAAUCGUUAUGACGAAGCCGAGAGGGUCAUAGCUAGAGCUCUGUACACAUUCAAUGGUCAAACGGCCAGGGAGCUGAGCUUCAGGAAAGGAGACAUCAUUAAUGUGAGAAGACAGAUAGAUAACAAUUGGUAUGAAGGGGAAAUUCAUGGUAGAAUUGGACUAUUCCCAUACAAUUAUGUUGAGUUAUUAAAAGGCGACGUGGCACAGUCACCAAAGAAACCGACGAUCAUCGAAGGCCGUGCAAGAGCGAAAUUCGAUUUCACUGCACAAACUAACCUCGAACUUCCGCUGAAGAAGGGAGAACUAGUGGUACUUACAAGACGCAUAGACCACAACUGGUGGGAGGGUAGGAUCGGGAAUAAAACUGGAAUAUUCCCGGAUAGCUAUGUGACGAUUCUACAGGAACCUAGUCAAAGUAAACCUGAGCCGCAACUAAUCCUGUCGACGGAUAAGCCAGUAGCGUCCCCCGCUGCCCAUGGCUUGGUAAACGGAGAUAAACGCAGUUUGGGUUCACACAGCUACACCCCACAGCAAAAUAGUGCCGCCCUAGCCAACGCCCCACCUGCUACCGAACCACUUAUAGGUUAUCCAGUAAAAAGUACGCCAACGGAACGUAGCUACAACAACGCUGUCAAUCUGAACAACACUGAACCUCUUUACGUCGAUACUAACGCUGAGGCUGUGCCAUAUCGUGCGAUGUACAAAUACCGACCUCAGAACCCCGACGAGCUCGAACUGAACGAGGGUGACACUGUGUACGUGCUGGAAAAAUGUGAUGAUGGCUGGUACGUCGGCUCAAGCCAGCGAACAGGACGGUUCGGCACUUUCCCAGGUAACUACGUGGAGCGCAUUUGA